UUUAAAAAAAGGUUCCCAGAGAACUCAAAGUCGUCAUUAGCUCACAAGACACUUCAGCUUCGAGAAAGAAAAACAAUGGAGGUCUUGUCAUUGCUUCUCGGCUUUCUCGGCAGGUACCCGGAGCUCAUGGUGUCACUUGCUUGCUUUCUCCUGCUAUUUCAUAGGCUGAACCGGCGGCGCGGGCUGCCGACGAACUGGCCGGUGAUCGGCGCGGUCCCGGCGAUCACCGUCAACGCCGGGCGCGUGCACGAGUGGGCGACGGAGUUCCUGAGCGCGGCGGGGCUGUCGUACGUCAUCAAGGGGCCGUGGGGCUCGCCGGUCGACGUGGUCAUCACGGCCGACCCGGCGAACGUGGCGCACGUGUUCACGACCAACUUCGGCAACUACCCCAAGGGCGAGGAGUUCGCCGCGCUGUUCGACGUGCUCGGCGACGGCAUCUUCAACGCCGAUGGCGAGUCGUGGGCGUUCCAGAGGCGCAAGGCGCACGCGCUGCUGUCCGACGCGCGGUUCCGCGCCGCGGUGGCCGCGAGCACCGCGCGCAAGCUCCGGGAGGGCCUCGUGCCGCUCCUCGACGGCCUCGCCGCGUCGGGCGCGGUCGUGGACCUGCAGGACGUGUUCGUGCGCCUCACCUUUGACCUCACGGCGAUGUUCGUGUUCGGCAUCGACCCCGGCUGCCUCGCCCCCGACUUCCCGUACGUCCCGUUUGCCGCUGCCAUGGACACCAUCGAGGAGGUCCUGUUCUACCGGCACGUGACGCCCGUGCCAUGGCUGAAGCUCCAGAAGUACCUGAAGAUCGGGCACAACAAGAGAAUGAGGAAAGCUCGGCGGGUGCUCGACGCGUCCAUCGCCGAGUUCAUCUCGCUCCGGCGAGAGCGCGCCGCCGUGUCCACCGGAGAGGCCGAUGCCGACCUGCUCACGUCCUACCUGGCGUGCCAGGACGAGGUAGGCAAGUCGGGCACCGCGUUCGACCGGUUCUUGCGCGACACGACGUUUAACCUCAUGGUCGCCGGCCGCGACACGACGAGCUCGGCCUUGACAUGGUUCUUCUGGCUACUCACCAAGCACCCCGACGUCGAGGCGAAAAUCCUCGAGGAGCUCCGCGCGAACCCGCCGUCCUCGGGGGCCGGCCACCACACCGCCGCCGAGCUGAAGGGCCUGGUGUACUUGCACGCGGCGCUGUCGGAGUCGCUCCGGCUGUACCCGCCGGUGCCGUUCGAGCACAAGGCCGCGGCGCGGCCCGACACGCUGCCGAGCGGGGUGCCCGUGGGGCCCACCCGGCGGGUGAUCGUAUCGUUCUACUCGAUGGGCCGCAUGGAGGCGGUGUGGGGCAAGGGCUGCUUGGAGUUCCGGCCGGAGCGGUGGCUGACGGCGGCGGGGCGGCUCCGGCACGAGCCGUCGUACAAGUUCGUGGCGUUCAACGUGGGCCCCCGGACGUGCCUCGGCAGGGACCUGGCGUUCGCGCAGAUGAAGGCCGUGGUCGCCGCCGUGCUGCCGCGGUUCAGGGUGGAGGUGGACGCCGGCGCUGUGGUGCGGCCCAAGCUGUCCAUCAUACUCCACAUGAAGGACGGGCUCAGGGUGAGGGUGCACAAGAGAGAAGAGAUCGCUUAGCUUAGCUAGUACGUUAAUUACUAUAUUAAUCUUGUUACUAAUAAUGUCACGUUUAGUUUAUUAAUUGUCGUGUCAAGUGUCAAAAAGCAUUAAACAUGUACGAGUGAGGGUGUAUAUGCACAUUUGCAAUGCUGAUGUGUUGCAUUGCAUGUACCUUUGAAGAUGUCUUUCAGUCUUUGCAUAUCAUGCACGUGAUAUGCAGACCAGUCAGAUGUGGUGUACAUACAUACGAUCGAGAUGGGCAGUACUAAAUGAUCAGUGCAUGUGUAUUUUUACUGCACCGCACUAAAAAUAUAAUCGCUUCAGUCGCA